ACUACACAUGCCAUUUUUGGACUAGGCAACUUCCGAUUCAAUGACGACUGCUGUUACGCUACUAUCAAAAUAGGGAACAUGACGGAGGAAAUCUAACUAUUGGUGCACUGAAAAUCCCCAUAAAUGCUGCGAUAGUAUAUCAGGGUUCAGUGUGUGGAUGGAGUCAGUGGCCUCUGAGAGCACCCAGCAUAGUUAUCACAGACAGGACAAUCCGAAGAAGUCCGUGUUCAGACCAACAGCCUGCACAUCGGCAGGCAGGGGGAGAAUGGUCAAGUACUUCUCUAACGACGUAGACAUCAGGACCACGUGGGACCAUGUUGUCUCUGCCUUCUGGCAGAGGUAUCCCAACCCAUUCAGCACCCAUGUUCUCACGGAGGAYGUGGUGUUCCGUGAGGUSACGRCGGACCAGCGGCUUCUCUCYAGACGCCUGCUCACCAAGACCAAUCGAAUGCCUCGCUGGGCCGAGUUCCUCUUCCCCUCCAACCUAUCACGCUCCGUCUACAUCGUAGAGGACUCCGUCGUCGACCCGGUCACCAAGAGCCUCACCACGUACACCUGGAACCUCAACCACACUACGUUAAUGACGGUGGAGGAGCGCUGCGUGUUCCAGGAGUCAGAGGACCGGCCUGCCUUCACGCUGCUCAGACGAGAGGCCUGGAUCUCUUCUGGAGUCUACGGCUUCUCCAGACCUAUCCAGGUACAGCACAGAUGUAGUACAGAACACCACACCACAGCCCCAGACCAGCUAUAG